GGACAUCUCCGUAAUUUUUUAGGUCGGCUAGAAUCGUACCAACCCUAUCUGUUCGUAUGCUUACGCGCUUUCCAAGCAGUGCGUCACACUGGUUAACCUCAGCCUAUGCUCAAUUUUUGAAAAGAGCUUUCCAUUUUACUGGUGAUCUUCAUCAUGGUGAUUUCGAAUAUAAGGAUCCGGAAAAUCCGGAUGACGUAGUCAAUGUUUCGGUUGUUGAUCGUGACGGAACUAAAUCCACUAUGAAAGGAAAGGUGGGCGAUAACCUCAUGUACCUAGCCCAUCGAUACCAAGUGGAGAUUGAGGGCGCUUGUGAGGCCUCUUUAGCUUGUUCUACUUGCCACGUGUAUGUCGAAAGUCCUUAUUUUGACCUACUUCCUGCGCCAGUGGAGGCAGAAGAAGAUAUGCUGGACAUGGCGGUAUUCCUUAAAGACAACUCUCGUUUAUCCUGUCAAAUCAUUUUAACAAAAGAGCUGGAUGGUAUGACGAUCACACUACCCAAGGCAACUCGAAACUUCUACGUCGAUGGUCAUGUUCCAAAGCCACAUUAAUUUCUCUUAUUUUUUGGAGCACUGUUAUUUAGUUAAUGGUAGUUGGUCCUGUUUGUGCAUUGAUUUCAAGAUGCGCAUAAUAUAUUUUUGUACAUACA